ACGGGCCACAUAUGGGCUAAAAGGCAUCUGCCUCUGAGGAACUGACAUAGGAACGCUCUGGGAACACAGGGGCAGAGGGUCGCCUCUCCUCAGAACACCAUGUCGGUGGGGACACUGUCCCAGUCCUCACCUCGAAGCCUGCGGAGCGGGAAAACCGCACCCGCCCGUUCACGCGGCUAGGGGCGGGAGCGGGGCCGGGCGGACUACAGCUCCCGAAGGGCUGCGGGAGCUGAGGGCCGGCGGCCUCGCUUCCUGCUCCGGCCCUGCGGCGCAUCGGCUCCCGAUGGAGGUUGCUGAGGAUGAGCAGUUGGUGCGGUGCCCCGUGUGCCUGCGGGAGCUGCCCGGCGCGCACAUUAACUCGCACCUGGACUCGUGCUUGCAGGGUGGGGAGGAUGAGGUGGAGCCGGGCCCGUCGACAACCUGCAAGCGGCAGCGCUUCACCGCUGCCCCAUCGGGAUCGGGCAGCCAGGUGGAGGGGGAGCCGGAGGAGGCCGGCCAGGCCACCGUCUCGUCCUUCUUUCACAAGGGCCGCAGCGGCGGGCAGAGCCCCGGAGCUCCUAGCAGGAAGAGCUGGGCGGGGCGGGAGGAGGCCGCCGCGGUGAAGCCGGAGGAUGGAGGCUCGGCGGGUAGCGGGCCGGCGCCGCGGAGAACCCUGGCGCAGAAACUGGAGGAGAAACCUCUGGCCGAGCGGCUGCGGCCGAGCGCGCUGGGGGAUUACGUGGGGCAGGAGAGAGUGCUGGGAGCGCAGACCCUACUGCGGAGCCUGCUGGAAUCACAUGAAAUCCCCUCCCUCAUUCUCUGGGGACCACCGGGCUGCGGCAAGACUACACUGGCACACAUCAUAGCCAACAGCAGCAGAAAGAACGGCACGUGGUUCGUGACACUGUCGGCCACCAGUGCCAGGACAACUGAUAUUCGAGAUGUCAUCAGCCAAGCUCAGAAUGAAAAAAAACUCUUCAAAAGAAAAACCAUCCUCUUUAUUGAUGAGAUCCAUCGUUUCAAUAAAUCUCAGCAGGACACUUUCCUUCCUCACGUUGAGCGUGGGACGUUGACUCUGAUAGGAGCGACCACUGAAAACCCUUCUUUCCAAGUCAACGCAGCUCUUCUGAGUCGAUGCCGGGUGAUUGUCCUGGAGAAGCUCUCAGUUGAAGCGAUUGAGGCGAUUCUGAUGCGGGCUGUCAGGUCCUUAGGGGUCCAGAUUUUGGGCCAGGGUGAUCAGCACAGCAGCUCUGCGACUGGCAGCAGCAGUGAGAGCUCAGAACUUCCAGUGUACAUAGAGGAGAAAGCUCUAAAAACCCUACCCUACCUGUGUGACGGUGAUGCAAGGACUGGACUGAAUGGACUCCAGUUAGCAGUUCAGGCCAGAUUAGCAAUGGGGAAGACAACUCCUUUGAAUAUUCCCAAAGGUGGUUCUACAGAUGGCAUUCUGAUAACAGAAGAGGAUGUAAAGGAAGGGCUACAGCAGUCUCAUAUCCUGUAUGACCGAGCAGGAGAAGAACAGUACAAUUGCAUCUCUGCCCUGCAUCAUUCUUUGAGAGGCUCAGAUGAAAAUGCUUCCCUUUACUGGCUUGGUCGAAUGCUUGAAGGUGGUGAGGAUCCACUCUAUGUGGCGAGGAGGCUGGUGAGGUUUGCAAGUGAAGAUAUAGGGCUGGCAGAUCCUCUGGCUUUAACACAAGCAGUUGCUGCUUAUCAAGGUUGUCACUUUAUCGGAAUGCCAGAAUGUGAGGUGAUUCUAGCACAAUGUGUAGUGUACUUUGCCAGAGCACCCAAGUCUAUAGAGGUGUACAGGGCAUAUAACAAAGUCAAAGAACGCCUGAGAAUGCACACGGGACCUCUGCCACCCGUUCCACUGCAUCUGAGAAAUGCCCCAACAACGCUCAUGGAGAACUUGGGCUAUGGCAAAGGCUGUAAAUACAACCCCGCAUACAAGGAACCUGUAGAGCAAGACUAUCUACCAGAAGAGUUGAAAGGAACAGACUUCUUCAAGGAAUGAAAAACAUGACUGCCUUGCUCGGAAUGGGUUUUGAUUUUAUGACUCAUACGUUUGUAUUGGGAUGGAAAUUCCCUUACAGUCUCAGCCAUCUAUUAUUGUGGUUGAACGUAUUAAGCCACUAAGCCUUUCAGAUACUUUCUUAUCCUUCUGUUUUUACUGCUGUUAUUCUUUAGGUGUUUUGUAAAGAUUUGUAGUUAGGCAACAGAGAGUACAAAAAUGAGCUUUAUUGGUACAGUGCUGUCACCCUCUGAUUCAAAGAAAAUGGAGAAGAAGAAAGGCUUGUGGCUUUGGCUCUUGCUGUUAGACGAGGGGUAUCAUUGUGCUGCUUUUUAAAGUAAGUAUCUGCUUCAGAUUUUGUGAAUGUUUAUUUUCUGGAAAAGUAGUGAAUUGUAUCCCCUCUGCUAAGAUACAGCAAACAAAAUAUAAUUACAGUGUAAUUCUUGUUCUUGUGAUGUUCCAGAGCUAAGUUUUGUACAAAAUUGAUUAAACCAGUAAAGUUGUUAAACAUAGUGUCUAUGCAUUUGUUUAAAUAUUUGUAUGACAUUGUUGUGGUUUUGAAAGUUUAAUGUUCCUUUAUCGUCUCUACCUUCCAGAGCAAUUUUAAAUGAUUUUGGAAGUAGAAUAUUCAUGAAAGUAGCUGAAUUAUGUUAGUUUUUGAACUUACACUUUUUAUUGUGUGCUGACAUUUUAGGAAGUGCUUUCGCAAAGGAAGUUCUUAUUAGUGAAACACAUGUUUUCAGUUAUGCAUUGGGAAUUCUAUUAACUUCGAAUUGGAAGGCUGAGAAACAAAUUGAUGUGUUGCUAUAAUGGACAGUUUGGCUUCCUCUUCCUACUGAAAAUGUAUCCCCAUCCAAGAUAGCUGCUGACUGAACAUUUCACCCAGCAGAAUGUACAGUCAUGGCAGUGUCCCUGAUGUUGACAACAUUCCUUCACUUAAGUGGUGAUUAUUUUUCUUCGCCUCAAUCCUCCUUAAGUGUGCUGUGGUCCAGUGUGCUGAAAAGCCAGUAACUGCUAAAACCGCCUGUGACUGUGCUAACUAGCAGUUGCGAAGCAGAAGAGGACUAUGUUUGGCUAGAAUUACAGCAGAUAAUUAGUAGAGAAGAUACUCAUUAAUGACAUACUGAACAGCCACUGGGGUAACUGUCCACAUUUGUCAUAGUGACCGCUAGUGAUAAGGAUGUGUGUCUUGGCUGAAAAUUGCCACCUACACAGUAGAGCAAUGUGGUUAUGGCUGGAUUUGCUUGGUAAUACUCAGGAUUUGCUUGCUUUGUGUCUUACACACAUUUUUACUGAGUCUAUACUGGUUAGCUGAUGGACUGCAAGGAUUCCUGUCCUGAUCCUGCUUAGUUUAUGAAAUGCGAUGAGGCCAAAAGUUACAAUGCCUUAUGUAGGGCAUCUGAUCUUUUGCUGAUCAGCUGAGAAUGCCACAUACCUGCUAAAAGAAGGAGGUGGCUGUGCUGACUUCCCUGAGAAGUGUUAGAAGGUUACUAACUCUCCUGCAAAAGGACUACAUAUCACAGGUUUAUUUUGUUCUUUACAGUAUGGAAUCAUGUUGGGUUUUUCUCAUGUGUUACAUUUGCUGAACUGGUGCUUCAUUUCACAUUUACAGUAUUGCAUUUAACAGCUUUUAAAAAUUUCAGCUACCUAAUUGAAUUUGUAAAUAAAUAUAUAAUUUUUUAGCAAAGGAAAACUGCUUUGCUUUGGAGCUGUACGAGGCUUUUUGCACCUCCCUGGAGCUAUACCUGUGAUAUGAUCCAGACAGCUACCUGGUAUGCACAAAUUGCAGGCAGGUAUUUCAUGACAGCAGAGGUAUUUGGUGCUGUGUGGAGCUUAGAUCAGAUGGGUUGCCACAGCCCACACAUCUGGAGUUCAUUCAAAGCAGCUUUCGCAGAGCAGGAGGUCUGUGGUCUGAGAAUGUGGUUCCAAGUCCAGAAGCCACCUUUAACUUUCCUGCAGCAGGAAAUUCAGCUGAUGACUUAUGUUUCAAGAUAGGUUGCUGGACCUUGACCUUGAUCAAAGGUUUUCAAUAUACAACCUGCAAAACAUUCUGAUUACUGCCUUCUCUUGACCAAAGGGUAAUUGUAUUAGAGAUUCAUUUUGUUGUGAGGCUUCCAGCUUGGUAGUGAUCAUAUUAAGUUCUUCUGCAUGACAAAAAUGUAGGACUUAAACCAAAGACUAUGGUGUAACUGAAAUGUUUCAGAAAUUAAACCAAUUGCAUGGCUGUGUACUGUUA